AUGAGCGCAGCAUCUGAAACUGCGAGUGAGGGGGAACUCUUUUUAUAUGAUGAGAACUUUGGAUAUGCCGGAUUUGAAGCAGGUGGCCGCGGUGAAGGACCCAAAGCCCUGGUCUUCAUUGGUGGAUUGACGGAUGGUUUGUUGAGCCUUCGAUACCUGCCUUACCUGGCAGAGGCCCUCCGACCUCGGGGGUGGCGAAGCUUCCAACCGGUGUUGCAGAGCAGUUAUAGGGGCUGGGGCUUCAAUAGCCUUGAUGAAGAUGUCGCAGGACUGGACAAGUUCUUGGAUUUCUUGGCCUCCAAACGUGGGAUUUCCAAGGUCGUCUUGUUGGGCUCGUCCACCGGUUGCCAGGAUGCAGUGCAUUAUCUGAAGAGGGGGCAGCGCAAGUCUUUGAUUCAUGGAAUCAUCUUGCAAGCUCCGGUGAGCGACCGAGAAGCCUUACUGGCCGAAGAACGCAGCCCAGAGGAUCUCGAAGCCUUGGCCCACUUCAAGGACCUCGCGAAGCAGCUGAUCUCCGAGGGCCACGGUGACGAGCUGCUCCCGCGCCGGGCCUGCGCGCUCUUCGGCCCGCCCGAUGCCAUCACGGCGUACCGCUUCGACUCACUGACGCGGCGCAUGGGCGACGACGAUCUGUUUUCCUCGGAUCUCUUGGAGGAGGAACUGGUGGAAAAGCUGGGCCAUGUCACUGUGCCGUGCUUGCUGGCCCUCUCCGCGGACGAUGAAUACGUGCCCUCCUUCGUGGAUUCCGCCGCGCUGGGCCGUCGCAUGGCCGAUGCCAUGGCCGUGGGUCCGGGCGGAGGAGCCAAGGUGGUGGUCUUGGGCAGCGGCGGUCAUGGCGUUCGCACCGCGGAAGGGCAGGCGCAGUUCAUGUUGUCCGUGGCGGAGUUCCUUUCAGAGUUGGAUCAGGGGCAUCUCUUUCCGCUGGAGUGGGAAACAGCUCUGGCAGGUCAGUUGCUGGACCGUGCGAGAGCGUUCUCCGAGAGAGAACAGCGGCCGUUUUUGGUGGCCUUGGCUGGGAUGCCGGGAUGUGGCAAGACGGUCACAGCAGAGAUACUCAAACGUUUGUUGCAUCCUCGUUGUUUGGUGGUUCCCAUGGAUGGCUUUCACAUACCCUUAAGCGAAUUGAAGUCGAGGGUGGAUGCGGAUGAUGCGAUUUACCGGCGUGGUGCGGCUGACACCUUUGAUCCAAAAGCCUUGAAGGAGAAGUUGCUGGAAAUCAGGUCAGGUCCAGACCAGGUGCUUUUGCCCGACUUUGAUCAUGCUCACGGAGAUCCUACUUUUGAUACGAUCUGCUUUGAACGCAGCCGACAUCAGAUUGUGUUGGUGGAGGGCUUGUACCUGCUUCAUCAGCGAGAUGGGCUGCCCGGCUACACGGCGGAAGAGAUUGAUCGACGCUGUGAAGAAGUGGAUCGAGCAAAUGCCGAGGUUGGGGUGAAUGCUUUGGGAUGCGACGUUGGCUCUUUGGGAGCGGUAGGAACGGUUAGGCGGUUAGGCUGUUGGCUGCAUGAGCCUUCGUCUUGGCUUUGCGUCGAGGUGGUGCAAGCAUCGGCGAGCAAAGCUGAACUCACCGUGGAAAACAAUCAGAUCACGGCCUUCACAACUUGGGCCAACAUCGACCAGCGGAAGCCGCGCAACUUGCCCUCCUGGCCUGAAUCGCCCAAGGGCGCACCGGACGAGGCCUUCACGCGCGCGGCGGUGCCCUUGGUGCGGCAAUUCGUGACGGCUCGGUACAAAGACUAUGGAAAGGGAAAAGUGACUCUGCGACACUUGAAGAAUCAUAUUGUGGCCAAGAGCGACUUGGGUCUGACGUACGAGGACCUACGAGAUGAUCGAUACUCUGCCGUCAUUGAGGAUGAAGUGGAUGCCAUUGUAGCAAGAUGUGAUGGUGGCAAGAAGCCAGUUGCUUGCGUCGAGGGUACCUGA